AAAAUCAAAAGUAAAAUGUUCACAUAUUAUUACUAUUAUGGACUGACCAACAAGUACGGUGAUUUAGAAACCAUACCGUGGGAGAAACAGGAAACCCCCUCCAAACAUGACAGUCAUAAUGUCAUAAUAACCCGAAGACAUCUAACGGAAUGUUCUCUUUGUUUACACUUAAGUCGUACUGCAACUGCAUUAGUGUGUCCUAUAAAGGAAUGUAGUGUUGACUCGUGUCUGUCCCGUGUUUGUUGUGUCUCGCUCAAACGAUCUCGUGCCAUGUUCACCGCCAAUUGGUGGAUAAAUGUCAUUACGCCAUGUACAAUAAUAGUUACGAUCGCCUAUUAUUUCUGCGUGUCGACCUUCAAGAGAUGGGAAAAGCUAAACGUGCCUUACAUUAAACCGAUUCCGUUGUUUGGAAACUUUUUGAAUAUAGCCUUGGGAAAAGACCAUCCGUUGGAAUUUUACAACAAAAUCUAUUACGAGUUCGCCGGUCGCAAAUAUGGAGGACUGUUCCAGAUGAGGACACCUUAUUUAAUGGUUCGUGAUCCAGAAAUAAUCAACGACGUGAUGAUAAAAGACUUCUCGUCUUUUCCCGACCGUGGUAUCUACUCAGAUUUCACGGCCAAUCCGUUGUCAAACAACCUGUUCUUCAUGGAAAAUCCUCAAUGGAAAACAAUAAGAAACAAAUUGAGCCCCGCUUUCACGUCAGGAAAGCUGAAGACGAUGUACGAUCAGAUCAAAAAGUGCGGCGACGAAUUGAUGAAAAACAUCGAUAUAGAUUUAAAUAAAAAUGGCAAUGAAAUAGAGGUAAGGGACAUCCUGGGAAAGUAUUCUACUGACGUCAUCGGCACUUGCGCUUUUGGGCUCAAGUUGAACGCCAUAAGUGACGACGAAUCCCCAUUUCGUAAGUACGGAAAAUCAAUAUUCACACCUUCACUAAGGAUGCUUUUCAGAGAAUUAUGUUUGAUGAUUACUCCUGCACUUUUGAAAGUCAUAAGAGUGAAAGAUUUUCCAACGGCCGCCACUGACUUUUUUCACGCGGCGUUUAAAGAAACGAUGACGUAUAGAAUUGAAAAUAAAAUAGUCAGAAAUGACUUCGUUCAUUGUUUAAUGCAAGCAAGAAAUGAUUUAGUUUUGAAUACCGAUUUACCAAAACAUGAAAAAUUCACUGAAACACAAAUCGUAGCAAAUGCUUUUGUAAUGUUUGCUGCUGGUUUUGAAACUGUAUCCACUACUGUAAGUUAUUCUUUAUAUGAACUAGCAUUAGAUAAAUCUAUUCAAGACAGAGCACGCGAAGAGAUUCAACUAAAACUGUCCAAAAAUGACGGACAAAUUAACCAUGAAUUUUUGAUGGAUCUUAAUUACUUGGAUAUGGUUAUAGCGGAAACACUCCGUAAGUAUCCUCCACUGGUUGCUUUGUUCAGAAAAGCAUCACAAACAUAUAGAAUACCCAACGAUUCUUUAAUAAUUGAAAAGGGCCAAAAAAUAAUAAUUCCAAUUUAUGCAAUUCAUUACGAUACUAAGUAUUACCCGGAGCCUGAAAAGUUUAUACCUGAAAGAUUUUCGGUUGAAGAAAAAGCAAAACGGCCAAGUGGCAUUUAUCUUCCAUUUGGCGACGGACCUCGAAUGUGUAUAGGAAAACGUUUCGCAGAGAUGGAAAUGAAAUUGGCUUUUGUUGAAAUAUUGACCAAAUUUGAAGUAUUUCCAUGUGAAAAAACAGAAGUUCCUCUAAAAUAUUCUAAUAAAGUUUUAACAUUAAUGCCAAAGCAUGGGAUUUGGCUAAGAUUUAAUAGAAUUAAUUGACAAAUGAUUAUGAUUUAAGGACAAAAAGAAACAUUAGGUACCUACUGCUUUAAUUUAACUGCUUACCGGAAAAGUUGAUUUUUAUUUUAACGAUUUAUAUUUAAAUUUUUGUAUCGAGAUAUUUUUAACAUCACUUCUUGCCUUAUAUCUUAAUAUUAUGAGCGUAAUUAGGGGAGGGGGCUUGGGGGACUUAGCCCCCUUUUUUUAAUAAUAUUUUAGUUAAAAAUAAUAAUGAUAAGGGUUUGUGCUGUUGAUACAAUUUUAGCCCUCCAACCCCCAGAAAAUAUUCUUAGUUGCACCUAUGAUAUACGUGCGUAUGUGUCUUAUUUUCACAGGGUUACGCUAAUUCACUGAAUUGUAAAUGUGUAUACGCCGUAAACCCAUUGUCGUAACUCCAUUAAAUUUCAACAGGUGCAAGACUUUCACAAGUUCAAUAAUAUUAUAAACACAAUUAAUGAUUAUUAGUCGUAUUUGAAGCCAAUUGCUUUGCUUGCGUACUUUGAUUACAUACAAACAUCAAAAUCUGUAUAUUUUUAAGACUAUACCUAUAUGUGUAUAAGAAUAUUCUAUGUCUAGAGAUACGGACGUCCGUCUUGUUAAAAUGUAAUGUUUUUUUGAAACAAUAAAUGUUAUUUUGUUAAAAUCUAUAAUAACUAUGAUAAUGACACUACUAUAAUUUAUAAUAGUGAUAACAAUAUUUUAAAUAUGGUUAUCAAAAUAAUUCAACAAAUCAAUGAAAUAGUAUUGUAUUUUAAAAGGAUUAUAUUUCAGAAACAAAAUUAUAUAAUAUUCACAAUAUUUAACUGUCGGUGUAAUAGUUUUUGAAUUAAAAUAAUACAAUUAUUUACAAUUAUUAUUAAUGCGUGUUGUAUAUACUGAAUACUUGGUCUUUAUAAUAAAGCAAACUUUAUCUCAAA